AUGGCUGCAGAGAACCCCGUGGAAAGACUCCAGGAGGAAGCGACAUGUCCCGUCUGUCUGGAAUAUUUCACAGAACCUGUCAGUGUGGAGUGUGGUCACAAUUUCUGCCGAGCCUGCAUCAGCCAGUGCUGGGAGGGAUCCGAUACAGCCGCCUCCUGCCCUCAGUGCAGAGAAACUGUGCAGCAGAGAAACCUCAGACCCAACAGGCAGCUGGCAAAUGUCAUAGAACUCGUCAAGCGGUUGAGUUUACAGGCAGCAAAGGGAGCAGGAGGGGACAGGGUGUGUGAGAGACACCAGGAGGCUCUGAAACUGUUCUGUGAAGAGGAUCAAACCCCCAUCUGUGUGAUCUGCAGAGAGUCCCGGACUCACCGCGCUCACACAGUGGUUCCCAUCCAGGAGGCUGCCCAGGAGUACAAGGAAAGAAUCCAGGCCCAUUUGAAAACUCUGAGGGAAGAGAGAGAAAAGCUGCUGGGAUUGAAAGCAACUGGAGAGAGGAAUUGCCGGGAAUAUCUGAAACAAACACAAACCGAGAGGCAGAAGAUUGUGUCUGAAUUUCAGCAAUUGCAGCAGUUCCUGGAGGAACAAGAGCGACUCCUGCUGGCCCAGCUGGAGGAGCUGGACAAGGAGAUUGUGAGGAUCCAGAAUGAAAAUGUCAGUAAACUCUCCGAGCAGAUUUCCCAUCUGAGUGAGCUGAUCAGUGAGCUGGAGGGGAAGUGUCAGAAGCCAGCGAGUGAAUUCCUACAGGAUGUCAGAACCACCUUGAGCAGGUGUGAGAAGGGGAAGUUCCAGCAGCCGGAAGAGAUUUCUCCUGAAGUGGAAGAGCGAGUCAGUGAUUUCUCCCAGAAAAUGAUUCUGCUAUUGGACAUUCUGGGGAAGUUCAAAGACACUCUGCCAUCUGAAUUGGAGAGAAAAAGGGGAGGAUCAUUUGGAGCACACAGACGGGCGAAUGUGUCUCUGGAUCCAGACACGGCUCAUCCCAUCCUCAUCCUGUCUGAGGAUCAGAAAAGUGUGAGAUGGGGAGACAUGCAGCAGCAACUGCCCAACAAUCCUGAGAGAUUUGACACUGAGCCCUGUGUGCUGGGCUGUGAGGGAUUCACCCGGGGGAGACAUUGCUGGGAGGUGGAGGUGGGGGAUGGGCCAUUCUGGGCUGUGGGGGUGGCCAGAGAGUCUGUGGGGAGGAAGGGAGAGAUCAGCUAUAGCCCUGAGGGAGGGAUCUGGGCUGUGCAGCAGUGGAAGGAUCAGUUCCGGGCUCUCACCUCCCCUGAGACCCCCCUGCCCCUGAGCCGGGCCCCCAGCAGGAUCCGGGUUUGUCUGGACUGUGACUGGGGGCAGGUGACAUUUAUCGAUGCUGGUGACGAGGCCCCGAUCUUCACUUUCCCACCGGGCUCCAUCCCUGGGGGGAGAAUCCGACCCUGGCUCUGGGUGGGGCUGGGAUCCCAGCUCAGACUGUGCGGGGCAGAGUGUGAAUUCAGGAAAUUGAAACUAACCCUGAUCCACUGCCCAGAGGGAGCCAUGGCUGCAGAGAACCCUGUGGAAAGUCUCCAGGAGGAAGCGACAUGUCCCGUCUGUCUGGAAUAUUUCACAGAACCAGUCAGUGUGGAGUGUGGGCACAAUUUCUGCCGAGCCUGCAUCAGCCAGGGUUGGGAGGGAUCCGAUACAGCCGCCUCCUGCCCUCAGUGCAGAGAAACUGUGCAACAGGGAAACCUCAGGCCCAACAGGCAACUGGCAAAUGUCGUAGAACUCGUCAAGCAACUGAGUUUACAGGCAGCAAAGGGAGCAGGAGGGGACAGGGUGUGCGGGGAGCACCAAGAGGCUCUGAAACUGUUUUGUGAAGAGGAUCAAACCCCCAUCUGUAUGGUGUGUGACAGAUCCCGGGCUCACCGUGCUCACACGGUGGUUCCUAUCCAGGAGGCUGCACAGGAGUACAAGGAAAGAAUCCAGGCCCAUUUGAAAACUCUGAGGGAAGAGAGAGAAAAGCUGCUGGGAUUGAAAGCGACUGGAGAGAGGAAUUGCCGGGAAUAUCUGAAACAAACACAAACCGAGAGGCAGAAGAUUGUGUCUGAAUUUCAGCAAUUGCAGCAGUUCCUGGAGGAGCAAGAGCGACUUCUGCUGGCCCAGCUGGAGAAGCUGGACAAGGAGAUUGUGAGGAUCCAGAAUGAAAAUCUCAGUAAACUCUCCGAGCAGAUUUCCUGUCUGAGUGAGCUGAUCAGUGAGCUGGAGGGGAAGUGUCAGAAGCCAGCGAGUGAAUUCCUACAGGAUGUCAGAACCACCUUGAGCAGGUCUGAGAAGGGGAAGUUUCAGCAGCCGGAAGAGAUUUCUCCUGAAGUGGAAGAGCGAGUCAGUGAUUUCUCCCAGAAAAUGAUUCUGCUAUUGGACAUUCUGGGGAAGUUCAAAGACACUCUGCCAUCUCAACUGGAGAGAAAAAGGGGAGGAUCAUUUGGAGCCCACGGACAGGUUAAUGUGACUCUGGAUCCAGACACGGCUCAUCCCAACCUCGUCCUGUCUGAGGAUCGGAAAAGUGUGAGACGGGUAGACACGCGGCAGGAUCUUCCCAACAACCCUGAGAGAUUUGACACUUGGCCCUGUGUGCUGGGCUGUGAGGGAUUCACCUCAGGGAGACAUUGCUGGGAGGUGGAGGUGGGGAGUGAGGGAGGCUGUGCUGUGGGGGUGGCCAGAGAGUCUGUGGGGAGGAAGGGAAAGAUCAGCUGUAGCCCUGACGGGGGGAUCUGGGCUGUGGGGUGGUUGGGGGAUCAGUUCUGGGCUCUCACCUCCCCUGAGACCCCCCUGCCCCUGAGCCAGGCCCCCAGCAGGAUCCGGGUUUGUCUGGACUGUGACCGGGGGCAGGUGACAUUUAUCGAUGCUGGUGACGAGGCCCCAAUCUUCACUUUCCCGCCGGGCUCCGUCCCUGGGGGGAGAAUCCGACCCUGGUUCUUUGUGGGGCCAGGAUCCCAGCUCAGACUGUGUCCCUGAGACAUGCACCAGAGGCAGGAACCGGAAAUCAGCCUCUCUAGCCUCAUGGAUCCCAGUCUCUAUGAUUGUGGAGGACUCCCGUCUACCCAGCCUCUGGCUCCUCAUCUCUAUGGCCCCUGGAAGCACCUCCCCCGCCCUCUCUGCAGCCUCAGGGAUGAGGGGAG